GUUUGGGGGGCGUCAGGAUUAUAUUCGCCAUGGCUCGUCUCGGUCGUCGCGGCUUCCUUGGUGUCGCCAUUGUCUUCCACCUCGUCUACCUGCUGUCCAUUUUCGAUGUCUACUUCCGCAGCCCGAUCGUCAGUGGCAUGCAAGCAUUCAGCGUCGAUGCUCCGAAAGCCCCAGCUAAGCGAUUAGUGCUGUACGUCGGUGACGGUCUGCGCGCCGACAAAGCAUUCCAAUCCUUCCCCGACCCGUCUCCCUCAGCCAACGAUACGUCUGCCGACGAGCUCCGCCCAUUAGCACCAUUCCUGCGGUCCAGAGUACUACAGCACGGCACCUUUGGUGUUUCGCAUACGCGUGUGCCAACUGAAUCCAGACCGGGCCAUGUUGCGCUGAUUGCAGGCUUGUAUGAGGAUGUGUCUGCCGUCACGACAGGCUGGAAGCUGAACCCUGUCAACUUUGACAGCGUAUUCAACAGAAGCGCACAUACAUGGCAAUGGGGUAGUCCUGAUAUCCUGCCGAUGUUCUCGACAGGCGCGGUACCCGGGCGUGUUACGGACGAGAUGUAUGGCGCGGAGUUCGAAGACUUUAGCAAGGACGCCACGGAGCUGGACUACUGGGUGUUCGACCGGGUCAAGGCGCUCUUCAAGAAGGCCCGAACGGACACUGACUUGAAUGCACGCCUUCGCGAAGACAAGGUUGUCAUCUUUCUCCACCUACUUGGAUUGGACACGACAGGCCAUUCGUACAGGCCAUACUCGCGCGAGUACCUUCACAACAUCAAGAUCGUCGACGAAGGUGUCCGAGAGAUCACCGAGCUCAUCGAUGACUUCUACGGCGACGGUGAGACCGCUUAUGUCUUCACAGCUGAUCAUGGCAUGAGCGAUUGGGGCAGCCAUGGUGACGGCCAUCCAGACAACACCCGCACGCCGCUCAUCGCCUGGGGCGCUGGCGUAGCGAAACCAGUCGUCUCAAAUGGCGUGGCUCCAGGCCACGAGGACGGCUUCUCACAUGACUGGCAUCUUGACCAUGUACAGCGUCACGAUGUUGCACAGGCAGAUGUUGCAGCAUUGAUGGCGUACCUUGCCGGAUUGGAAUUUCCUGUGAACUCAGUCGGCGAGCUGCCGCUCGAAUAUCUCAGCGCUGACGACAGCGAGAAGGCAAAAGCCAUCCUUGUCAAUGCGCGCCAGAUUCUGGAAAUGUAUCGUGUCAAGGAGGAGCAGAAGAAGGCUAUUGUCAUGCAGUACAGGCCAUACAGGCAUUUUGCAAGCGCGGAACAGACGCCAAGCCGUCGCCUAGCAUCAGUGGAAGCAGCCAUCAGCAAAGGGCAGUAUCAGAACGCUAUUGCAGCCGCCGACGAGCUCAUUCAGCAGGGACUGGAGGGUCUGCGGUACCUGCAAACAUACGACUGGCUCUUCCUCCGGACUCUGGUGACUCUAGGCUAUGCCGGCUGGAUCGCCUUUGCCUUCACCACCGCAGUGGAUGCGUACAUGCUUGACGGCCAGUACGAUGCCGAACGGACCGUCGCAAGCACGGCUGUCUUCACCGCCGCGUUGGUGGCCCUGUACAGCUUCCUUUUCAUUCAGUCCUCUCCUUUCACGUAUUACUUGUACGCUUUCUUUCCGGCGCUCUUCUGGGAAGAAGUCUUCGUACGCCGAAAGGCGCUCUCCGAGGGCAGGAAAAGGUUGUUCUCGAAGCUAUCGCAGCAGGACGCUUGGAAGCUCGCAUUCAACAUUGCAGCUUACCUGGGCAUCCUCGAAGUAAUGGUGCAAAGUUACUAUCAUCGCGAAAUCUACACAAUCUGCUACUUACUUGGUGCGGCUUGGCCUGCUACUUACGGCCUAGAUUUCCUUAAAGAUAACGGUCUCCUUUGCAUCACUUGGGCGCUUAGUUGUGUUUCCAUGAGUGUCUUUACUCUGCUUCCAGCCAUCAAAGUUGAGACUCCGAGUCUUAUCUGGCUUGGUGGUGCAUUGAUACUGGUCUUGGGCGUGGUCUACAUCGCGCUCGAGAAGAGUCUGCUUGUUUCGGCCGCGCCGAGCAAAGACGGCUUGAGCGCUCCAAAGGCGGAUGGCUUAAGCAGGACAAUCUUGGGCGUCCAAGUCGGCUUGGUCGCGCUCGCAAUGUUCGUUACACGGUCAAGCAUCGCUUCUCUGCAGGCUAAGCAAGGCCUACCUUUGGGCACGCAGAUGCUAGGCUGGAUCACUCUAGUUGCUUCCUUGGUUGUCCCCUUCCUGCACGCUCUGCAACCACGCGACCACUACCUUCACCGUCUGGCUGUCAUCUUCCUUGCGUUCGGGCCCAUGUUCAUCAUCUUGACGAUCUCGUACGAAGGCCUGUUCUACUUCGCCAUCGCCACCACUCUCAUCUCGUGGGUCCGUCUCGAGCAUCGCAUACAUCAGCACUUCUCACCUCACGCGUCUGAACUGGACCAAGCACCGCUCGAGUUGAGCAGCCCGCUAGCACCUGCGCUUGAUGUUGCUAGUGACCGCGAAGAGGCGCUCAAGAAAGGCGACUACCGAUCGCUAACUCUUUCCGACGCUCGCAUUUGCCUCUUCUUCAUUUACCUACUGCAAUCGGCAUUCUUCAGCACGGGCAAUAUCGCUUCAAUCUCGUCUUUCUCCCUUGACGCAGUAUACAGGCUGCUCCCGGUCUUUGACCCCUUCAGCCAAGGCGCGCUACUUGUGCUGAAGAUCCUCGCACCCUUCGCAUUAGUCUCGGCGAAUCUUGGGAUAUUGACACAUCGGCUUCGGUUGCGUGGAGGAAGUCUUUUCGCUGUCGUUAUGGGCAUUGGAGACUACCUCACGCUACGGUUCUUCUGGGAGGUCAGGGAUGAAGGGUCCUGGCUCGAUAUCGGCCAGAGCAUCACUAAUUUUGCCAUUGCAAGCUUGUUGUGCGCGUUCGUGGCCGCGCUCGAGGCAUUGAGUGGAGUCUUGGUGCGCGGACUAGAGUUUGCGGACGAACGGCGCUCGAAGGACGGCGUGGCGACGAACGGUUCGCUCAAAGGGAAGCCAAGAGAGACUGAUGCAGCGAAAGAGGGCGGUCGUGGCAUGUGAAGGGGUGCAUAGACUAGACAAGAUUGACUACACCUUCGAAAUUUCUCUCA